UACAACAUUUUACAAUUAAUCAAAUCAUUUUCUCAUUUAAUUCCCAAAACUUUAAUGGAAAUCCAAACAAAUUAUUCAUAUAUUAAUCAAAAUAAUAAUAACAAUAAUAAUAAUUUUACUAUCAACGAUAAUUCGACCGCUUUUAGCGACUGCAAUAGCGACAGAUCAGGCGAAUUCCCAACCACCUGGUCAGAAACCACCAGCCGUGACUUACUCAUUUCAUGCACCAACGAAAACUCCGACGAUUUGAUCAAACACCUCGUUUCCGUACUCCAAUCGACUUCAAUUGAUGAGCAAAAACAAGCAGCUAUGGAGCUACGAUUACUCGCUAAAAAUAAACCCGAAACACGACUCAAAAUAUCUCGUGCUGGCGCCAUCAAACCGUUGAUGACGUUAGUUUCGUCAUCUGAUCUUAUUCUUCAAGAACUAGGUGUCACCGCAAUCUUAAAUCUGUCACUAUGUGAUGAAAAUAAAGAAAUUUUAGGAGGGUCGAUUCGUUGGAUUAAAGAGUUAGUAAAAGCGUUAAAUGUUGGGACGACUACUACUAAAGAAAACGCGGCAUGUGCGUUGCUUAGGUUGUCGCAACUAGAACAAAACAAAUCGACAAUUGGACAAUCUGGCGCGAUACCGUUCCUAGUGAAGCUUUUGGAAAAUGGAAGUAUUCGAGGGAAGAAAGAUGCGGCAACUGCUUUGUAUUCGUUAUGUUCGACGGUUAAAGAGAAUAAGAUACGUGCGGUUAAUGGUGGAAUAAUGAAGCCGUUGGUUGAGCUUAUGGCGGAUUUUGGGUCUAAUAUGGUGGAUAAAGCAGCUUUUGUGAUGAGUAUUUUGGUGAGUGUUGCUCAAGCUAGAGUGGCUUUGGUUGAUGAAGGUGGGAUUCCGGUUUUGGUUGAAAUUUUGGAAGCAGGUUCACAACGACAAAAAGAGAUUGUUGUUGUGAUACUGUUGCAGAUUUGUGAAAGUAGUGUUGCGUACCGGACGUUGGUGGCUAGAGAAGGGGCGAUUCCGCCCCUUGUUGCCCUGUCCCAGUCCGGUACCAAUCGUGCCAAACAAAAGGCGGAGACGCUGAUCGAGCUUCUACGGAGACCAAGAUCCGACAACACCGGUCACAGCCAGGAUAUGUCAGCUUAGCAGCAUGUUCCCACUUCUUCACACCAUCAAAUUAAAUUAUACUCGUAUGUAAUUAUUGAAUAACAAAUUAAACCAUACUUAUCAAGCAAGUGCAAAUAUAAAAUAUAUAUUAUGGGAAAACAAAUUGUAUAUGUUCAAGGUUACUUCGUUCAAUCCUUCAUAUAGAUCAUUAGUACAUGAAUGAAUGGGGUAUAUUUUAAUAAUUUUA